UUUUUCAUGACACAUCGUAAACAACUAAUUAGUAAUAACGUUAACGGCAAUAACGUACGGUUUUAUUACUCAUAAGGAAACCACGUGCAAGUUAAGGUGGUAAUAAAAUCUUCAGUUUUUGUGAUAUUAACAUACUAAUUAUUUGAAGGUGUAAUGAUGAUGAAGUUAUGUUGUCUAACUGUACUAGUUGUUGUUUUCGUCGCCAGGAGUAAUGGACAAUGGCCACUUGGAGCCUCGUUUUUCAACAGCAUGAAUCGUAUGGCCUCUAACAUGAAUGCCAUGGCAACUAAUCUACAAAUUCAAGGUCAACAGAUGGCUUUGAACCGACAGCAAAGUAUUGAAGCUGACAUGUUACGGUCAUGGGAAGGUGCCCCCUUUAUGACAGGAGGGAGUGUGUUUAUAACAGCUGACGGUGGAUUAGGAUACGCUUAUAACUCAACAGAUGGGUCCUUCACAAUGUACAGUUUAAAAUCUGGAAGUCCACCUAGUGGAUACAUGUAUCAUAUCAAUGCUCAAGGAGGAACGUCUUUCAACAGCUGGUGAAUAAAUACAAUGGAUAAUAAUUGUAUGAAUCACAUUACAUUAAUUAUUUUAGGCAGUAAUUGUUGUGAUUUAUGAUAACAUUACGCUUAAUCAAAAAUACGUAUAUUGACUUGUUUAUGGAUAGUAGUGAGAUGUUUGUCAAUGUAUAAAAUACAUUUGCUUCGACUUUUUAUUUGUCAUUAUAAACAACAGGGGAAUGUAUUUUGAUAUGAUUACAUAUAAUUCUAAAAUCUUCAUCAUUUACUGUAUACUGACAGUCAAUUUCUGCAAUAUAUUGUGGGUUUUUGUUUUGUUUUUUUGAAUUGCAUUUUUUUUUACCUUAAAUAAUUAAUCAACAUUGACUGUAAAUGUCGUGUGUGUAAAUCUCGUGUAUGGUGUAUUUGCUGUAUCAGACUGAUAAAUUCAUAGUUUUGUUUUCAUUGCAUAGAUAAAACAGAACAAUAGAGAUACACAGCCUUUGUUCUUUGUUCAUCUGUGAUGAUUUCUUACAGUGCACCUUUCACGUUGUUGUUUAUACAUUUUGCAAUAAUGUUAUCACGCGUUUGCAUUGUUAAUUAAAAGAACGUUUGUAUAAUAAAUAAUAAUAAAUUA